UAGUAGCAAACAACAUCUUACCAUAUUUUACCCAAAGUUUCUGUCCACGUGCAGCAACAAAUGUGUCAAUGAAGACACCGGACACAAAAGCGAAGCUAUUAAAUAAUUUAAGCCUCUCGAAACAUCUGUCAUCUAAAAAGGGCGGCUCUCGUACCAGCAACUGCGGCAACUGUCUGGAAUUCUCCGUACUCACGCGUCUCUCCAGCGUACCCUGAAUCAAUAUCUGAAUACCUUUUGUUUCAACUGUACUUAAAC